AUGACAAAUUAUAUGCAAAACGAAAGACUCAAGAAAUUGGAUGCGAUUGAAGGCCAGUUGUGUCAAGUGAUGGUCAGCGCCUCCCAAGCCUUCCAAGAGCUGAGUAAAGACAAGCCCAGUAUUAAACACGUGGAAACACAGACCACAGCCUUCUUGAAGGCCUUGGAAUCGGUGGACAAUGAGAUCAGUAAACAAAUCCAAUACCUGUCACGUGUCUCGACAGGUCAGGCACACGAGGGGUCCAGUUAUGCGUCGAUGAAAGUGAAUCACAUGGCGUGGCAUCGGUUGGAGCACUCGCGCACUCGACUCAACGAUCUCGACCGCCUCAGACACCAACACCUCCUCCAAUGCCAACAACACCAACAGCAGCAGCAGCUACUUCAACAACAACUACAACAACCAUAA